AAAUAUUUGUAUUGCGUUAGUCCAUUUUCUAUUUUCACCUCUUAAUUUGGUAACCAAAACAAUUGUGCCAUAGAUAACCAUAUGUGUUCCACACACAAACAAACAAACAAAAUUCCACUUUAGGUAGAAUUAAAUCGACAAGGCAACAGAAUUAGAAAUGUCUCUCCGUUGGAUUUUUUCUUCAGAAACAAUAAUAAGUCACGAGUAGGAUCGCCAUGGCUAUAAGCAGGGAAGCAGCGGAUAGCACAUCGUGUGAUGGAAGAGACGCCGAGGCCGCGUUCACAACAGGUCGAGCCCCGCCCGUGGGGUUGUCUGCUUCCGGCGGGAUCGCGGGUGACAGUGGCAGCGUCACCGUGGAAUCUGGAGCUGGCGCAUCGGCUACGCCUGCUGCCGCCGCUGAAGGCCCAAGUGGUGAGGAUGGGUUCAAAAUGGCAGGCCCAGGUGCUGGCAGAGGAGAUCCAGAAGCUGCACACCUCAGCAAGUGAAACACGCAAGACAAGAACUUUAGACAAAAUCGUAAAUUCACGUAAAAUCAACCAAAAAAAAAAAAAGUAGAGUGGUAAAGUAAAAUCGUUACAAAAUCGGAAAGUUCCGAGCGGUAAAGUAAUAUUGUAAAUCGAACCAUUGUGAAAUCAUAAGAUUCUGAUUUAAAUAAAAAUCUUCAAUUUUCUAAUAAUCAGAAAUGAAAGAGAAUAAAAAUAGUGACAUAUUCCAAUUAAUUGUAUAAAAACUG